UGGUAAACAUUUGACCAGUAGUAAAUUUUUGCCCCGUUUACUUGCGCACCAUUUUCCUAUUGUUUCCUUAUUCAAGUAUAAACAUUUCUGCAUCGUAGUUUCAAGAAGAAUAUUACAAAAAUGAAAAUAUAUACAUGUUACAACCUCGCACGUGACAUCGUGAGGCUACAAGUCAUGUGAGUGUGCCAUGAAAUGAUUGCGUGAUGAAAACAAAAUUACUCGUGAUUUUAUAAAAAACAUAAUGUGUACAAACACAUUAAUCAGUUUUACGCACUCCAACAAGACAAGAAAAUGGCUGCAACAUUAAUGUAUCUUGUAUUGUUAUUGAACUGCAUAUUUUUUAUUAUGGAAAGCUUUGCAAUUGAUUUUUAUAAAAUGAGUGGGAGUAAAUCAUCGCGACCUAAUGUCGUGGUGUUUUUGGUUGAUGACUUAGGUAUAGGUGAUAUAGGAUGCUUUGGCAACACAACGAUUAAGACUCCAAACAUUGACAGUUUGGCAGCGCAAGGAGCAAAGUUAAAUCAUAACUUGUCCCCGGAGUCAAUAUGUACUCCAAGUCGUGCGGCAAUGUUAACUGGACGAUAUGCUAUACGCUCUGGCUUGGCUGCAGCGCCGAAUGAAUUAAGAAUUAUUACGAACCUUGCUUGCAAUGCAGGUCUACCAGAAAAUGAAACAACAUUUGCCAAAAUUUUGCAAGAAAAUGGUUACCAAACAGGCUUGAUUGGAAAAUGGCAUCUAGGCCUGCAUUGCAAGGAGCAGGAAAAUUGUCAUCAUCCAAAAAAUAUGGGUUUUGACGAAUUCUAUGGCCUACCACUGACAAACUUGAGAGAUUGUGGUCCUCUUUCCGAAGGUUCAAGUCUGUUGCACAUUAUGCAAGAAUCAGUUCGCCGUCUUUUAGUUGCGUUGUCUCUGUUAACAGUGGGGAUAUUUCUCACUGGACUUUUUUCUAGGAAAUCGCUUGUAUUUUUUAUUGUUAUAAAUGCACUUGUUGUUGUAGUCGUACCAUUUGUUAUACAAAGCGUAUUUGCACGAAGUGUUUGCGUUGUAAUGCGCGAUUUCGAUAUCGUAGAACAACCGAUACAGCUUGAGAACCUCACAGUCCGAUUUACUAACGAAGCAAAAAAGUUUGUCAAACGUAAUAAAAAUGGUCCCUUCCUUCUUUUCUUUUCGUUUGCAAAAGUCCACGCAGUUCUGUUCUCGUCUCCACGUUUUAAAGGUCACAGCAAACAUGGGCGAUAUGGGGACAACGUUGAAGAAAUGGAUUGGAGUGUUGGAGAAAUCAUAAAAACGCUCGAAAAAGAAAAUCUUUUGGAUAAUACGUUCGUUUAUUUUACCUCUGACCAUGGUCCAUUCCUAGAGAUUAAGUUACCGUCAGGAGAGAAACUCGGCGGCUCAAGUGGAAAAUAUAAAGGAGGCAAAGCACAGACGUGGGAAGGAGGCAUACGUGUUCCAACUGUAGUUAUGUGGAGAAAUCAUAUACCUAAUGGAAUUACUAUCAAUGAAGCAACUAAUGGUAUGGAUUUAUUUGCAACAAUUAUUGAGUUAGCAGGUGGACGUACAUUGCAAGAUAGACAUAUAGAUGGGAAAAAUAUAUUGCCACUUUUGAUGCGGAAAGAAACAGUAUCUCCUCAUGAGUUUAUGUUCCAUUAUUGUGGUAAUGCUAUCCAUGCAGUAAGAUACCGACCUCGCCAUGGAAAUAAUACGUGGAAAGCACAUUUUCACACUCCUUUAUGGAGAGAUGGAUACCAGACAUGUGAUGAAAAAUAUGUGAUGUGCCCAUGCUUUGGUGAAGAUGUUGUCCGUCAUGAUCCCCCAUUACUGUAUGAUAUCACAAAUGAUCCCUAUGAAAUGUAUCAACUUGAUACCGAUCUUGCAGCUCAUAAAACUAUCAUAGCAAAGAUUAAGAAUGCCGUAGAUGUCCAUCGGCGGAGCAUUCUUCCUGUACCUAAGCAACUUGGAUAUCCGAACGCCUGGCCAACGAACAUACAUCGUCAACCUUGUUGUAAUAUUCCAUAUUGUAAAUGUUUCGAAUAGCCGUUAGCUAAAUGCUUAAAAAAGCUUGACUUGACAUUCAAGUGCAUUGAUCAGUUGGAGCGAGCAAGGCAGCAGUGAAUAAUAUGAAGUAAGGCUGAGGAAAAAUUAUUGCAAAACGUGGAAACUGUGCCAUUUCGUAGAAUGCAUUAAUCUGUAAUUUCCAAAAGGCGCAAUGAAGAACGUCAGCAUUCACUACCUUUAAAGUAAUCUAGUUAAGAUAACGAAUGGUGAUACCGUGAUGAAAGGAAUGAAAAUUGAGGUUCUUUGCAUUUAUGAUAAUUUAAUAAAUAACAACAUUGUCGUCGGCCUAGGAGUUUUUUCGAUUCAAUUUCUAAAUGCGCGAACAAGAUAUAUGAAUCGGGACCAGAUUAACCUUUCGUGGGGCCCUUCUCCAACAACAACCCUGAAAUUCAGAUUGCCUGAAAUCAGAAAGAUUAAAAAAUAAUAUUUAUACCAUGAUGUGCAAAAAUAUAUUUAUGUUAAAACAAGAAAGUAUAUAUUUGAAUUGUCGUCUAACCCAGCUUAUAUCAUUAACAUUAAUUGAUAAUUUUAGAGAACUUGAUUAUAAAGUAAAAAUUAAGCCUAAUUAACAAACUAAACAUUCAUAAGAUUCAAUAUACAUGCUCUGAUGCAGCGAUGCAUGCUCGCUUGACAUGUAUGUAAAAUGUACGUGUAAGUAAUGUAACAUAUCUUUACUAAAAUCUCAUUUUGCUUUGUAAA